CCACAGCCUCGUUGGUCGAUCCACGCUCUUGAUCUUCCCUCCAAAAAACACUACGAGCUGGUAACAGUAUCGUGAUGGACCUCAAGCUGCUCGCGCUCGCCGUGUCCGCGGCCGUGCUGCUGGCCCUGGCCUUGCCGGCGCCGGCGUCCGGGCAGGCCGCGUCCUGCACGGCGUCGCUCGUCUCCAGCUUCACGCCGUGCCUCGGCUACAUCACCAACAGCACCAGCUCAACAUCGCCGACGGUGGCCUGCUGCCGGUCCCUGUCGGCGUUGGUGAACGCCAGCACGGGCUGCGCGUGCCUCCUCCUCACCGGCAGCGUGCCGCUCGGCGGCGUGCCGGUCAACCGCACGCUCGCCGUCACGCUGCCCAGGGCCUGCAACUCCAUGGCCGUCCCGCUUCAGUGCAAAGAUGCGUCGGCGCAGCUCCCGGCUCCAGCUCCGGGCCCCGUCGCGACCUCGGCGGCAUCUCCCGCCAUGCCCCCGCUGCUGGCGCCGGCGUCGCCGUCGGGAACCACCGUGGCGACCCCACCGGCGGGGAGCCAGAGCCAGGGGCAGACGAGGCCGCAGGUGGCGCCCAGCUCUGCCUGGAGAGACGGUGCUCAUGUGCCUGCGUUGUUCGCAGCGAUCCUCGCAGUUGGAGCCAUGCUGGUUUGAGUUGAGCCGGGCAAGAAUUCAACGUUGCUGCUGCAAUACGUGUUUAUUACUAGUAUGUGUUUUAUGUGCUUGUUUGGUAGUAGGAGAGUGUACAUUGGCUCUUUGUAUACACAUUCUUUUGGUUGUGAUUUGAAACAAUAAUAUAUGGAUUGUUGAUUA